AUGGCCCCGUCGGACGACCAGAGCUCGAGCUCGCCCCUCCUCGACCACAUCGUCAUCCUCCUCCCCCACCAAGUCCUCGCCUCCCUCCCCUCCUGGAUCUCAUCCGAGUUCACCAUCCUCACGGGAGGCCGCCACGCCGACGGCCGCACCGAGAACAAGCUCGUCAUCUUCGCCGACGGCACCUACCUCGAGCUCAUCUCCUUCGUCGAGGGCCUCAGCAAGGAAGAGCGCCUGAAGCACAAGUGGGGUCCGAAACCGGACGGCACCGUCAUCGACUGGGCCUACUCUCUCAAGGAGGAAUCCGGCUUCGCCGCAAUCCAGGAGCACGUGCGCGAAGCCCAGUCCGUAGCCGUCUACGAUGACCCAGUUCCGGGGGGAAGAAUCCGACCGGACGGCACGGAGCUGAAGUGGGCCGUGGCGCUCCCGGCCGGCGCCGGAGCCGGGGCUGGGUCGGACGGAGCGGUGGAGAGGGGCGAGCUGCCGUUUUGGUGCUUCGACCGGACGCCGCGGGAGCUGCGCGUGCCCAACCACGUCGCGGAGAACACGAGGCACCCGAGCGGCGCGCUCGGCGUCCACUCCCUGGCCGUGGACGUGGACCGGGAGGAGCUCAAGAGGGCGUACGCCGGGAUCAACGGCCGGGCCGGGGAGGGCGACGACGGCGGCCGGUGGGCGUUUGACGUGCCCGUCCGCCAGUUCGACGACCCGAGACACCUUCACGUCGAGACGGUUUCUGGCGAGCGGGGCCCGUCGAUCCGCCUGUCCCUGUACACGGCGGCGGGGACGCCGAAGCGGACCAUCGCGGGCGACCUCGGCGGCGGCGUCUCUGUCGCCAUCGACCUGGUUCCCGUUUCUGGGGGUUCCUCUUGA